AUGGCCCCAUCCUGCUCACGUUCGCAAGUCUCUUGCUCCUACAAAUCAGUUCUGCUCUCAUGUCCAUUCACUGGCUGCAGUCGCAUGUUCAAGAACAAGUCUGGCUUGACAAAGCACACACGCACGCAGCAUACAAGAGCAUCAUGCAACCGCCAGUCAUUUCACCAAGCAGCACCUCAAAUUCGCUCACCUAGUCCUGAAGCAAGGUUUGACUAUGACCAUAUGGACUUCGGUGGGCCCAAUCCUGAUGCCGGAUUUGAGGAUCAAGAAGGCUUUGUACCUGAGGACGGAAGUUGGGUAGAACUGGGACCGCUUUUUCGAGUAUUUCAUUCCAGUCUCACCGGACUAAAAUGUGAUGCUGAGGGUAAUAUUAUUGAUCAGAACGCACAUCCAUCACCCCGAACUGACACUUCACUGGACGAUUGGACCCCAUAUGAAAGCCGUAUUGCAUUCAAAACUGCUGAAUUUCUUUUCUCGCGGAAUCAGACGUCUGCAAAACAAAUCGACACUCUGCUCGACUUGUGGGCAGCAUCAUUAAUUAAGCAUAACGACACUCCACCAUUCACAGGUCAUCGUGACUUGUACGACACUAUCGAUGCGACACCACUUGGCGAUAUUCCAUGGGAGACAUUCUCCAUGUCCUACAAUGGUGCCAAACCACUGCACGACAUACCACCAUGGAUGGAUGCGACCUAUGACGUUUGGUUCCAGGACCCUCGCCUCCUUUUGCAUGAUAUGCUUGGGAACCCCGAUUUUGACGGGGAAAUGGAAUAUGUCCCAUAUCGGGACUACACUGCAGAGGAUAAGCGCUGCUUCAAGAAUUUUUUUUCGGGUGACUGGGCAUGGGGCCAAGCAGAUCUUAUUGCUCAAAAUGAAGCGAAUCAUGGAUCAACUUUCGUGCCGCUAAUCAUCGGUAGCGACAAGACAACAGUUUCAGUAGCCACAGGACACACCGAGUAUCACCCGCUCUAUAUGUCCAUAGGCAACAUUUUCAAUAGCACACGACGUGCACAUCGUAAUGGUGUAGUUUUGGUGGGUUUCCUCGCCAUCCCCAAAACUACAAAGGAACAUGCCAGUGAUACAGCUUACCGCAACUUUCGACGACAAAUGUUUCAUAGCUCCCUCGCCAAAAUCUUUGAGGCCAUCAAACCUUACAUGAACACCCCUGAUGUCGCUCGAUUCCCUGAUGGACAUUUCCGCCGAGUCAUAUAUGGACUGGGUCCCUACAUUGCUGACUAUCCGGAGCAGGUACUGCUGUCCGGGGUAGUCCAGGGAUGGUGUCCAAAGUGCCUUGCUGACCGGAGAGACUUAGACGGUGACGGGCCAUGCUUGCGCCGGUGCGAAAAACAUAGAGAGCUUCUUGUCGAAGAGCUCGAGUAUAAGAAGCUAUGGGAGGAAUAUGGUAUUGUUGGUGAUGUCGUGCCAUUUACGAACGACUACCCUCGAGCCGAUAUUCAUGAAUUAAUAUCUCCAGACAUCCUCCAUCAAAUUAUUAAAGGCGCUUUUAAAGAUCAUCUAGUGGAUUGGGUUGAGUCUUACCUCAAGAUCACACAUGGCGCUUCCCGUGCUGCACAGAUCAUGGAUGACAUUGACAAUAGGAUUGCAGCUGUUUCUUCAUUUGCAGGUUUACGACGAUUUCCAGAAGGACGCGGAUUUAAACAAUGGACCGGUGAUGAUUCGAAGGCGUUGAUGAAGGUCUACCUGCCUGCUAUCAGGGGCCAUGUCCCUGACGAGGUAGUACGCACCUUCAGUGCAUUCCUGGACUUUUGCUACAUCGUUCGACGCAACACGCUUACUGAGGACGACCUCAUCCAACUUCAGGAUGCGCUUGAUCGGUUCCACAGAUACCAGGAAAUCUUCAAGACAACUGGCAUCACCCUGUCUUUCUCCCUGCCACGUCAGCACUCGUUAAACCAUUACUUACUUCUUAUCCGGCAAUUUGGGGCACCCAAUGGGCUUUGUUCUUCAAUUACAGAGUCAAAGCAUAUCAAGGCUGUCAAGGAGCCCUGGCGUCGCUCAAGCCGGUACAAAGCGCUUGGGCAGAUGUUACUUACGAAUCAACGACUCGAUAAGCUGGCAGCUGCUCGUGUGGAUUUCCAGGCACGCGGGAUGUUGGAGGGCUCAUGUCUGUCCGAAGCUUUGCAUAAGCUUCGAAAACAUGAUGAUGAGUUUGCCAAUAAUGUAGCUGCUCCCGCAGACCAGCCUGGGUUUCUGAAUGUCAACGAACCCAAGCAUCGAUGUGAUGUUCGUGCACUUGGCGACGAGCUUGAGCUCCCCAAUUUCCAGCAAAUGGUCCAGGAAUUUCUUCAUGACCAGGCUCACGCUGCCGAUCCUGACCCUCCUGUAUUCGAUCCCGCAUCAGCACCAUUAUUCUCAGGGAAAGUCUCAAUUUUCAAUUCUGCAGCUGCCGAGUUCUAUGCACCUAGCGAUCUCAGUGGCACUGGAGGUAUGCGACGCGAGCAUAUUCGUGCAGUGUCAUCUUGGCGUGGAGGUGCACCCCGUCACGAUUGUGUCUUUGUCAACAUGAAUACUGAUACUAAUAUUAUGAAUGGUCUUGCGGUUGCACGAGUGCUUUGUUUUUUUUCUUUCAGCAAUCGCACAUCUUUUUUCCAGUGUGCUGUUGUUCGGUGGUUCUCGCAUGUCCUUGAUGCACGUGAUCUGGACACUGGAAUGUAUGUCGUUGCUCCCGCAACACUAGAGGACGACACACCAGACAUCUCUAUCAUUCACAUUGAUUGCAUUUUCCGCGCAGCACAUCUUAUUCCAGUAUAUGGCUCAAACAUGUUACCUCACGCAAUUACUUCACACAAUUCUUACGACGUCUUUCACUCUUAUUUUGUCAACAAGUACGCUGAUCACCACGCAUUCGAGAUUGUGUAA